CUACACUUAGUAGUUGGGUAGGUAGGGGUUAUUAUUGUUUCUUUGGAUCGUCGUCAUAUACCCUUCCGACUGGUGCGAGUAUUACUAGACAACUUUUUCGUCUUCUUCCGGUCGUAUGUGCCAAGACGCCCAACUACUUUACACUCUCAGUUUGCUUAGGAUUAUGUGCUAGUGAAUAUUUAUUCUUAUUUCACUCUGCUUCUUUAUUAUUGUGAUUAAAUUUCUUGUAUUAUUGUUUGUUAUUCAAUCGUUACUAGUCAUCGAUGGCAUUUAAAGUUAUUUUUCAGUGAAAUGUGAUCACUUUUUUUUAAGUUUUGAUCUAAAUUUUUUUUUGUUAAAUUACUUUUUAUGCGCAAAGUAGUUGUCGAGCUGACGUGACAAUAAGCGAAUAUUUCUAAAUGGACUAGUGGAAAUGUGUGAGAUUUGCGCAGUGAUAUAAAAUGUAUCCGGCAUUGAAAAACAACAAAGACAACCAUCAAACUCGGGAUGUCAUGAAAAAACUAAACGCCAAAUCAUCACGUAUGAAAUUCAGCUAAAAAUGGUUCUAAGCGCAUUAAUAAUAGCGUCGACGUUGAAAAGUGCACUUGGACUGAUGGGUACCGGUUUCUGGUUGGUACCAUUGGUGAUAAUAGGACUGUCUUACUACCGCUAUGACCAACUUGAUCCAGAGAACCGAGUCAUAAACAAACAUAUCCUGGAAUCAGAGUACGAUUUUAUUGUAAUCGGUGGUGGAUCCGCGGGCGCCGUUGUCGCAAGUCGGUUGACGGAAAUUCCUGACUGGAAAGUUUUGCUUCUGGAAGCCGGGCCUGACGAAAACGAAAUCACGGAUGUACCAUCACUGGCCGCUUACCUACAGUUGUCGAAAUUGGACUGGAAAUACAAGACAGAGCCUACUGGAACAUCAUGUAUGGGAAUGAAAAACGGACGUUGUAAUUGGCCACGUGGUAAAGUACUCGGCGGCUCAUCAACUUUAAAUUAUAUGUUGUAUGUCCGCGGUAACAGAAAUGAUUAUGAUCACUGGGAAGCUCUGGGCAAUCCUGGAUGGGGUUACGACCAAGCGCUCUAUUAUUUCAAGAAAUCAGAAGAUAAUCGUAAUCCCUAUUUGAAGAAAAGUCCUUACCAUGGUACUGGUGGGUAUCUAACUGUCCAAGAAUCUCCUUGGCGAACACCACUGGUAGUUGCUUUUGUCCAAGCUGGGACCGAACUGGGUUACGAGAAUCGGGAUAUAAAUGGGGAAUAUCAAACGGGUUUUAUGAUUGCCCAGGGGACUAUAAGACGUGGCAGUCGCUGUUCAACAGCAAAAGCAUUUCUUCGACCCGUUCGUUUGCGUAAAAAUUUACACGUCGCUAUGAAUACACACGUCACACGUAUUAUAAUCGAUCCGCUGAGUUUGCGAGCCGUUGCCGUGGAAUUUUAUCGCGACGGCAAAAAACAAAUAGUCCGCGCACGGAAAGAGAUUAUAUUAUCUGCCGGCGCAAUCAAUUCACCUCAAUUAUUAAUGUUGUCUGGAAUAGGCCCGCGACAGCACUUGAAAGAAAUGGGAAUUCGAGUUAUCAAAGAUUUACCAGUUGGUGACAAUCUUCAGGAUCACGUAGGUAUGGCUGGAUUGACUUUUCUGAUAGACAAACCAGUUUCUAUUGUUCAAGAUCGCUUUCAACCAGCGGCAAUCACUACAAAUUAUGUCAUAAAUGGACGGGGUCCGAUGACAACACUUGGGGGUGUCGAAGGCUACGCAUUCAUCAACACCAAGUAUGCUAACGAAACUGGACUCUAUCCAGAUAUUCAAUUGCACAUGGCGCCGGCGUCAUUGAGUUCAGAUGCCGGCGUUCAAGUACGAAAAGUUUUAAGUCUCACGGACGAAAUCUACGACACAGUUUUUCGACCGAUUACCAACAAAGACGCUUGGACGUUAAUGCCAUUGCUUUUGAGACCUAAAUCACGUGGUUCUGUAAGAUUGAGAAGUAAUAAUCCAUUUGCUAGUCCACUUAUUAAUUCGAAUUACUUCGCGGAUCCCGAGGACAUGGCUAGGUUGGUCGAAGGUGCUAAAAUAGCUGUAAGAAUAAGUGAAGCUAAAGUGUUUAAACAAUUUGGCUCUAGAAUACAUAGAAUUAAGAUACCAGGUUGUAAUCAAUUUAAAUUCGGUACUGAUCAAUAUUGGGAGUGUCAUAUCAGACAUAUUACUAUGACUAUUUACCACCCAGUGGGUACAGCCAAAAUGGGACCAAUUACUGAUCCCGAAGCGGUUGUAGAUUCGAGGCUAAGGGUCUACGGUAUAGACAAUUUGAGAGUUAUUGAUGCAUCAAUAAUGCCGACAAUUAGUAGCGGUAAUACUAAUGCUCCGGUUAUUAUGAUUGCGGAAAAGGGAUCUGAUCUCAUUAAAAAUGACUGGCUCGCUGUUAAAAUCACCAAAAUCAAUAUAAAAAAAAACGAAAUGAAUAUUAAGAUAGUAAUAGUAAUUUUUGUAAUAUUAAAAAACACAAACGGCAAAAGCCUGUUGGAAUUACUGAAGAGCUACGGCUUGAAAAAUAGCUACGAUAUUUUAACGACGCCUUUGCCGACACGUGAGGAGUACGAUUUUGUAAUAAUUGGCGCGGGAUCUGGCGGAUCUACUUUGGCGAACCGGCUGUCAGAGAACCGAAAAUGGAAGAUUCUGCUGCUGGAGGCUGGUAAGCCAGAGGGUAUUUUGAACCAAAUACCAAUACUGGUGAGUAAUUUUCAGCAGACGGAUUAUAAUUGGGGUUAUCGAGUUGAACCGCAGAAGAAUGCUUGCUUGGGUAUGAAGGAUCGUCGGUGUACAUGGCCGAGGGGUAAAUCCCUCGGCGGCACAAGUACAUUGAAUUACAUGAUUCAUACAAGAGGUAAUAGAGAUGAUUAUGACACUUGGGCGGCCCUAGGUAAUAAUGGAUGGUCUUACAAUGAUGUACUGCCUUAUUUUAUCAAGAGCGAACGUUUUCGGGUGCCAGGGCCAUUUAACGCUUCUUAUCACGGAACUGACGGCUAUUUGUGUGUAGAACACAUUCCCUAUCACAUGCCGCUGUCGACGGAAUUUCUGAACGCCGGUAAAAAAUUAGGCUGGGAGACACUAGACUACAAUGGGCCUGAGCAAAUUGGAUUUUCGUAUCUCCAAGUAAACAUGGAUCGCGGCGCACGUUGUAGUGCUUCAAGAGCUUAUUUAAAAAUACGCCGACCAAAUUUAGAGAUCGUGACUGAAGCACGUGUUACGAAGAUUAUUAUAGACUCGGAUAAACGUGCCUACGGAGUCGAGUACAUAAAAGACGGCAAGACAAAUAAAGUACGCGCCUCAAAGGAAGUUAUUUCAUCUGCGGGAACAAUAGACUCGGCGAAGCUCUUGAUGCUCUCGGGAAUAGGUCCUCGGGAACAUUUAGAAGGCUUGGGAAUCCCGGUUAUCAAAGACGCCAAAGUCGGUCACAAUUUGUAUGAACACGUUGGCUACUUGGGGUUGACUUUUCUCGUGAAUGCGAGUGUUACAUUGCUAGAGCGUACGAUAAUAAAGCCGCAGAAUGCUCUGCAGUAUAUGAUAGACCGAAGUGGUCCACUCUCGAUACCCGGAGGUGCAGAAGCGAUAGCGUUCAUUCGUACAAAGUACGCACAGGACUCGCGUCCUGAUUUGGAGCUUCUUUUCGUCUCGGGUUCGAUACAUUCAGACAAUGGAGUCGCUGUGAGAAAAGGUCACGGUAUCACAGACGAUUUAUACAACGCGGUGUUCAAACCUAUUGAAAACCGCGACGCUUGGUCGAUUUGGCCGAUCGUCCAGCAGCCUCGCAGCCACGGCAGGAUCACGCUAAGAUCUAAGAACCCCUUCGAUGACCCGAUAAUUGAGCCUAAUUUUUUCACCCAUCCCGCGGACAUUGAAAUUAUUUUGGAAGGCAUCAAACACGCGAUUAAAAUUGCCGCCACUGAUGAAUUUCAAAAGUACAAUAGUCGGUUGCACACAAUAAAAAUUCCCGGCUGCAAAGAAUUCGAAUUCGCAAGCGAUGAUUACUUUCGGUGUGCAAUCAGACACUUGCCCUCUAUGAUGAAUCACGAAGUGGGUACGGUUAAAAUGGGACUUCCAGAAGACCCCACAGCCGUCGUGGACCCUCAGCUAAGGGUCUACGGAGUAAAAGGCUUGAGAGUCGUCGACGCUUCGAUCAUGCCCACGAUGCCGAUCGGACACGUGAAUGCCGGAAUUUACAUGAUUGGGGAAAAAGCCGCCGAUAUGAUAAAACAAAUGUGGAAUUAAUUUUUUAAAAUUUAUGUACUUGCUCAAUUUAAUCUGAUAAGAUAAAGCUAUCAAUUUUGAAAUAAACAUUAUAUUUAUUUUCUAAUAUAUAUUUUUGUAAAUUAACUAUAUAAUUUUUUUAUCCAAUGGAAUUCUUAAUUAAAUCCUCUGACCUUACGAAUCCAUUAGGUUAAAAAAUAAUAAUAGUCUCAAUCCCAUAUGACAAAAUAAAAAAUAUUAAACUGAUAAAUUGUAC